UUUUUUUUAAUGAUUAUAUAAUACAGCAUCGCUUUAAUACAAUGUCUAAUGAGAAAGCAGAUAAAUCUUAUUUGAAACGAAGGAAAUCUGAUUCUAACCUUUUAAAUAAUAAAAAAAGAAAUGAUACCCAAAGUUUAAGUACUCAGGCCCAAUUAAACCGACAAAGAAUAACUCAAACGGCACAUCAACUUAAUAAAUCAAUUUCUCUUAUGAUGACAGAAAGUCAGAUCUCACAACAAGUUUUAAAGAAAGAUAAUAAUCCACAAGAAGAUACCUUUUACCGUGCAUUAGAAAUAAAAUUUCAUCACUCUGUUGGUAGCAUGAGUAUUAGUCCUGCAUGUAGAGAUGUUGUAUUAGCCGGUCGGCAGGGUUUAGUAAUCAUAGAUCUAGAAGACCCUUGGCUAAUUCCUAGAAUCUUGCCACAUGUAUCAAAAUGGGAGGUGGCUGAUGUUCAAUGGAGUCCUCAUAUUGUCCGAGAAUCUUGGGUUGCCUCUACUUCAAAUCAAAAGUUAUUAGUAUGGAAUUUGAAUUAUACAGGCUCAAGAGCUAUUGAACAUGUAUUUCAUGCACAUACUCGAGCUAUCUCAGAUAUUAAUUGGUCACCACAUCAACCUGAUAUUUUAGCAACUUGUUCUGUUGACACUUAUGUUCAUUUAUGGGAUUUAAGAGAACCACAAACUAGAUCCAAAGAUCAGGAUGAUGAUAGAAAGAUGAGACCUACUUGCUCAUUUACCCCUUGGAAUGCUGCAGCAACACAAGUUAAAUUUAAUAGAAAGAGCGAACAUUUGCUAGCAUCUGCACAUGAUAAGGAGGUCAAAAUUUGGGAUUUAAGGAAAGGCGCUGUUCCAGUAACAAGUAUUACUGCUCAUUCAAAAAAGAUUUAUGGUAUUGAUUGGAGCAGACAGAAUGAUCAUGAUCUCGUUACAUGUAGUUUAGAUAAGCUUGUAAAGUUUUGGAAUAUCCAUACACCAGAAGUAGAAGAGGAAGUUAUUGUGACAGAUACCCCUAUUUGGCGUGCAAGGAAUACUCCCUUUGGAAAUGGCGUACUCAUUAUGCCUCAAAGAACAGAUUCAAAAUUGUCAUUGUAUAAUAGAGCAUGUCCAGAGACACCAGUUUAUGCAUUUGAUGGUCAUCAAGAUACUGUUAAAGAAUUUGUUUGGCGAUGGAAAGGUGAUAUUCAUGGUGUAAAUGGGGAUGAUCGUGAAUUUCAAUUAGUUACUUGGUCUAAAGAUCAAAAUUUACGAUUAUGGCCAGUCUCAGAAGAUAUUAUGCGUUCAGUAGGGCAUGAUCUGAGUUCUAAGAAAACUAAACUUUCUACUCCUGCUACAGCCCUUGAUAAAAGUAAUAAUCAUCGUUCUCAUUCUUUCCAACAAGAACCUAUCGAAAAGUCUUCAAAUGAUAUUCGUUCAUCUUUCUCAUCUACUACUACCCCUACUACUACAUCACUUCGAUUAACCCCUAGCAGUAAUGCCUCCAGUAUGGCACCUUAUCGAUCUAAUAUACCCAAUAAUACUGGUUAUGAACAAUCAAACGCAUAUCGAGAACAAAAAUACUCGGCUAUUAAUCCUUUACUUUGGAUGCAGAAUGUGAAAACAGUUGGCCCUACGGGUGAAAUUCGACGAGACGCUGCAGCUGAGAAUAAUUAUCAAUCGGUUGCAGAAGAAAUGUCUACUGUCUUGAACAAAUAUUUACCAGUGGGUGUUAAAACAGAGAAAAUCAAUGCUGCAUCACGUACAUGCACAAUUUCUUUACAUGGUCCAUGGUCUGAUACUGGUGAUGCUCUUUUACGUAUUACAAUCAGAUUUAGUCCGCAAUACCCAGAUAAUAGUCCACCCAAAUUUGACAUCCAUAAAAAUAGUAUGAUAUCUAUCUAUUAUCGUGCACACAUGACCCAAGAUCUGAAUGCAUUAGCAUCCAGUUACACAUCGCAUAAAAAAUGGUGUUUAGAACCAUGUAUUCGUUAUUUAUUAGGAGAAAGUAUGCAAGAUGAAUCAGAGUAUGGUUUAGAGAACCCUAAUUCUUCAGUAGAUUCAUCAGCUGGAUUGAUGAAUCAGCAUAAUAAUUCGACUGGUAGCCCUGGGUAUUGGAAGGGAACGACAACUAUUGAAACUGAUUCAGAUGAUGAACUAGGCCAUGGUUGGAGAAGUAUGGGGGAAGAUUUCCGUUUUGCAAAACGCGAAAGUAUGACUAGUGAAAGAGGCAUCAUGGUUGAUAUGUCGAUUAAACAAAGUACAGAUGCUAAGGUACCGUUUCCCCGACUUUGUGGAGGUGUUUUUUCAGGUAGUGGGCAGCUUGUUUGCUUCUUUUCAACUUUACGAGUAAGAAAUACAAACAAAUCAAAAGAUUCAGAUAAUAAUAAAAAAGAGCAACAACAACAAGACAAUCAAUCUCAAAGUGAUCGUGAUAAUGGAGAAUAUUUUGAGAAUACCUACAGUGAUUUUUAUAGACAUCCUAAAACAUAUGAACAAUUUGAAGAAUAUAAAGAAAUUGCUGCAAUGUCUAGACAAGGAAAAAAUGCAACUGUAUUAGUAGGCGGUACAGGAGGUGCAUUUGGUGAAUAUGCUUAUGAUGAUGAACAGGAUGACAUAGAUGAUGGUCUUAAUACCAUAGAUGCAUUUGGUGCUAUCUAUUAUAAAACAGAUAAUAUUGCUCUCAAUAGCUCAAUAGGGAAUGGUGAUAAUUUACUUUAUCAUGGUACUAAAACUGAUAGAAUUACACAUAAUGUGAUUAUAGCUGAUUUUUCGGACAAGAUGCCAUAUAGUCCAUGGCUUGCAAGAGAAUAUAUUCUUUCACCUAAAGAUCCUGUAUUUGCAUGUAUUCAUAAUGCUAAGGUUUGUAAGAAGUAUGGAAGAUUUGACUUGUAUAAAGUUUGGCUUCUCGUUGUUGAGGUGCUUCGAGAAUGUGUUCCUAUUAGAAUAUCAGGAAUGAAUCAUAUGACUACAGAUGGCUGUCAAGUUUUAAUUGAUAAUAUAAAAUCCGAUACAAUCACUAUGAAUGAGCAUUGGCAAAGAGAUCAAGAAAUAUUUAACAUAAAAAAUCUAUUACACAAUAGUAAUAUUCCAAUAGAGUUUAAUAAGGCAUUAGAUAUAGAUGUAGGCGUUGUUAAGUCAUUACAAAGAAUCAAAUGGGGUAUGCAUCCAUUAGGAAGGAAAUUGGUUGAUGCUUUACUUCAGCACUUUAUUAGUAUAGGUGAUAUACAAACUGCAACUAUGCUUUCAUGUUCAUUUAAAAUCCAGUCUACUAAGCGUCCUUCAUCCAUAUAUGGACAAAAGUCUAUUCCAAUCGAUAAAAGGUCUGAAACAAUAGAGUUAGAUUACUUUUCUUUAAAAGCAAAUCAUCGUAAUAUAGUCUAUGGGAACCAACACAGCCUUCGUGCUAAUUCAGGACCUAGUAUUGAUACAAAUGAAAAAAUAACAAUUACAUCUACUAGUAAUUCGUAUGGCAGUAAACCAAAUGCUAUAUCAUCCUAUUUUUGGGAUAAUGAUACUAGAAAGAUAACACCUAGUGAAAAAAAUGUUGAAAAAUCAAAUGAUACCCCUAAUGAGUCUACCUCACGUAAUAAGCGUAAUUUACGUUUGAACAAAACUUGGGUUACUAGUCCUUCAAAACCAAAGAUACCAAGUAAUACCGCGCCUGGUAUUCGCCAUGUGGUAGAGAACUUUGGCCCUUAUUCGCCUGGUUUAUCAUCGCCUAUUAUAGGAACACCUACAACACCUCUCUUUAAUAAAGAAGGCAGGGUUUUGCCAGAUCCUUCAGCUAUAAAAAUUGAAUUCACAAACAAAGAAUACUUUGAUAGUGAACGAUUCUUUGAAUAUAACCAUAUUCCAUUAUUGGAUCCAAAGGGAGCAGCACAACGGGAUGUGCUAUGCUUUAAUUAUGCAGAUUUAUUGUAUAGAUGGAAUUUAUUAGACCAACGUGCUGAAAUAUUACAGUAUCUUACAUAUCAACCUUUCCCACCUAAUAAGGAGGUUACUUCAACAAACAUUCAAGUCUCCUGUUAUGUUUGCGGAACAGAGCUUUCUAUGAGUGAUAAAUAUUGCAUGAGAUGUCGUAAAAAUCGAAAGUUGAUCCGAUGCUGCUUCUGUCAUAUCUUGGUGAAGGGCUUAGUUAAUUUUUGUAUUCAUUGUGGUCAUGGUGGACAUAGCAAUCAUAUGGAGGACUGGUUUGUUAAAAACCAGCAAACUUACUGUAUGACUGGAUGUGGUUGUAAAUGUGCAUUAGAGCCGUUAGAAUUAAUUAUUUAAAAUAAACGAACUUACGUUACAUGUACUGAUAAA